UGCCUUCACUCAUUUUUUUUUGUCUCCCUGUUACCACACCUUCUCCCUAGUCAUCUGGCUCCCACAUAGCUGCACACACUCGUAUCCAAAAAAAUCGCAGACACCACCUGGGCCCCCAGUCCCCCCCUCUACUCUCUGUCCUCCCCACCCCCACGUGCAGUUGGCCAUGGCCUCAGAAGCAGAGAAAACGUUCCACCGGUUUGCCGUCUUUGGGGACACAUCCAGCAGUGGCACCGAAAUUACCAAUAAGAACUUCUCCAAACUCUGUAAAGACUGCGGCAUCAUGGAUGGCAAGGCGGUGACCUCCACAGACGUGGACAUUGUGUUCAGCAAAGUGAAGGCCAAGAAUGCCAGAACCAUCAACUUUCAACAGUUUCAAGAGGCGAUGAAGGAGCUGGGCCAAAAGCGCUUCGAGGGGAAGAGCCUAGAUGAGGCCUUGGAGAAUGUUUAUAAACUCAUGGAAGGCAAGGACCCUGCCACCACUGGUGUUACAAAAGCAACCACAGUGGGUGGCGUUGACCGGUUGACAGACACCAGUAAGUACACUGGAACCCACAAGGAGCGCUUUGAUGAGAGCGGCAAAGGGAAGGGCAUCGAAGGUCGGGAAGAGACUGCAGACAACUCAGGCUAUGUGAGCGGCUACAAGGGGGCCGGCACCUAUGACCAAAAAAACAAGUAGAGAGGAGCCGUCUUCACCCGCUAGUUCCCUGGCCCUGUGUUUCUAACACCAGGAAAUCUAGGAGAUAAUAAACUUCGUGUGUGCAGCA